AUGUCAACAUCACUAGAAUCUCCAGUACAACCACAACCACCUCCAUCAGAACAAUCCAAUCAACCAACACAGAAGAGAAUAAGAGCUACUGGUGAAGCAUUGGAAUUUUUGAUUUCUGAAUUCCAAAAAAAUGCCAACCCAUCUCCAGAACAUAGAAAAUAUAUCAGCCAAAAGGCUUGUAUGAAUGAAAAAGCAGUUAGAAUUUGGUUUCAAAAUAGAAGAGCCAAGCAAAGAAAGUUUGAACGUCAAAGAUUAAGAGUAAACAGUACAGGUGGUGUAAAUGAUUUCACUACUGGUCUAAUGAAAAUGUCUAAUAAUUCAAUCCCAAUACAAAUCAAUGAUAAAUAUUGUUUUAUAAACUGUUCCUCAUUAAGUGUGGGCUCCUGGCAAAGAAUUAAAACUGGUAUUUUCAAUGAAAGUUUAUUGAAGAAUAAUCUCAUCAACUUGUCACCAUUUGUAUUGAACCAAGUUAUGAAUAAUGUGGAUUUAUUGAUUAUCUUAAGUAAGAAGAAUUCAGAAUUGAACUAUUUCUUCCUGGCAAUUUCAAACAACUCCAAGAUUUUGUUUAGAAUUUUUUAUCCAUUGAAUUCUAUUGUUAAAUGCUCGGUAUUCAAAAAUAAUUUCAACAGUAAUUUAGAGAAUUCCAGUGAAAUUAGAUUGAACUUAAACUUCCAACCAAAAUUCUCAGUAUAUUUUUUCAACAAUGACUCCACCACUCCAAAUGCCAUGCAAAACCAAUGGUCCAUUUGUGAUGAUUUUUCUGAAGGUCAACAAGUCAGUCAAGCCUACACAAAAGUCUACGAUGGUGCUAUUGAAGAAAAUUCUACUCCGCAUGUAUUAGUUGGAUCUACCAGAGCCCUUCAAUUUUUAAGCAACUACAUCCUGCAUUAUCAACAACAACAAUUACACCAAUCACCACCAGUAUAUGAAAGCAUUCCAACAAAUGUCAUUAAUAAUGCCAACCCACUUGAUUUAGAGAACGAUAAAGAUUAUGACUUAGAAUCAAUCUUGGAUCCACAAGGUUCUAUAAACAAUACUCCAACCACAUUCACACCACAACAACCACAAGUGCUGACUGCUCCUGUUACUACUGGUACCAUCACAACAGGAACUACUACAACCAAUACCACCAACACCACCAACUUUAAUGAGUCUCCAUUUUCAAUCAAUUCCAUGAACCAAUAUUACGAAUCAGAAAUAUCAAACUCCCCAGAUAAUUCUUUAAAGAAAAUGAAUAGUAAUUCCAACAAUGAUGCUGCAUUGUUUUCAGGUAUAACAAGAUUCAACACCACCGAGACAUCACCAGUUGACGAUAUCCUCUUUGGAUUCGAACAACAAUCACAACAACAACAACAGCCACAAAUCCAACCAACCAUUAUUGAGAAUGCAAGUUAUACUCAUGUGAGAUCCAACUCUGGUGAAUUAUCAAGACUUUCUGAUGCUUUCAUUAACAAACAAACUAAUCCUACCACUAAUGCUACAACAACAACAGAUGAUUUUGAUGAAUUUGGUGACUUUGUACAAGAGUUUGAUUCAAAUAAUCAAAAUUUCGAUAGUUUUAUUGAUUUUGGAAACUAA